AUGGCAGCCCUCUCUUUCCAUGCCAGGUCCAACAGUUUCCCUGCAGAAUCACACCCUCUGGUUUCAGAGAUUGAUGAGCAGGUCUGCAGAUUGAGACAAUCUCAAGCUGCUUCUACCUCAUCAUCCAUUUCCCACAAGCUGAAUGGCCUUCAGGAUUUGUAUGGUAUCGUUGACAAGUUGCUGCAGUUGUCAACAACUCAACAAGCCUUGGCCAAUGACCAGAAAUGCUUCAAUGAGGUGUUGGAAGGAUCUUUGAGGCUCUUGGAUUUGUGUAACACAGCCAAGGAUGCCUUGUCGCAGAUGAAAGAGUCUGUGGCUGAGCUUCAAUCUGCUAUUCGUAGAAGGCAAGGUGGUUUGGAAGGAGAAACCAGGAGAUACCUGAAAUCUAGAUGCAUGGUGAAGAAAGCAAUUCAGAAGGCCUUAAAGGGUAUGGACAGCAAGAAAUCCGUUUCAUCAAACAACAUUGAGACAGUCGCCAUGUUAAAGGAAGCUGAAUCUGCUGUUGUUGAGGUUUUGGAGUGCUUGUUGUUGUUCAUUUCUCAAACUAGCUCAAAGUCAAGCAGCUGGUCAUUAGUUUCCAAGCUGAUGACGAACCAGAAACCAGUUUGUCAAGAGAAUGAGUUUGCAGAUGUGGAUGCCUCACUUAAGAUGAACAAUUCUGCAGACGAAGUCCAAGUUCAGCUGAAAAGCUUGACAAACAAAUCUGGAGAAGAGGUCCAAGUUCAUCUAAAGAAUUUGCAGCCAUGCAUUCAAGACCUCGAGGAAGGAGUUGAGUGGCUCUUGAGGCGUGUCAUUAAAACAAGAGCUUCAAUUCUCAAUAUCCACAAUCUGUAG